AUUCUAUGCCACAACAAUUGCUGCAAGAGUGCAAGUACAUGUCCAACAAUAUCUCUAUAAAUGAUCAUGAAACCACCCAUAGAAAGAGAAAGUUCGAGCUAAUCUAGCAGAAGGACUUCUAACAACACCACUCUCCUUCUGCAUUGAAUGGCUCUCUCAAACUCUCCUCCUCUGUAUGAGAAAAUCCCUCUCAGGAACACUUUUCAAAGAGCCUUGGAGGUCACAAUCCUUUGUCUUCUCCUUUCACUCCUUGUUUAUCGUCUUCUCACUUUCAGCAAGCAUGGAUUUGCUUGGUUUCUUGCUUUGGGAUGUGAAUCAUGGUUCUCCUUCAUCUGGUUUCUCUGGUUGAACUCCAAAUGGAGUCCAGUGGUAUACAAAACAUACCCCAAAUACCUUCUUCAGGGGGUACAAGAUCUACCUCCUGUGGAUAUGUUUGUUACAACUGCAGAUCCAGUGCUCGAACCGCCGUUACUCACUAUAAACACCGUAAUUUCUUUGUUGGCAGUUGAUUAUCCAGCUCACAAGCUAGCUUGCUACGUAUCUGAUGAUGGUUGCUCUCCUCUUACUUAUUACUCUCUCAUUGAAGCAUCCAAGUUUGCUAAGAUUUGGAUUCCAUUCUGUAAGAAAUAUAGUGUCCAAGUUCGAGCUCCCUUUAGAUACUUCUUAACUGAUGAGUCCCAGUCUCUUGAUUGUCCGCUUGAAUUCCAACUAGAAUGGAAAACAAUGAAGGAUGAGUACGAGCUGCUAAGCCGAAAAAUCAAUGAUGCUGGUCGGAAAUCUGUCCCAUGUGAUCUAACAGGGGAAUUCGCUGUUUUCUCCGAUACAGAACGUAACAAUCAUCCAACAAUAAUCAAGGUGAUAUGGGAGAACAAAGGUCUUUCAGAUGGGUUACCACACUUGAUUUAUAUUUCAAGACAAAAGCUGCGGAAACAUCCACACCGUUACAAAGCAGGAGCCAUGAAUGUACUAACUAGAGUCUCUGGUUUGAUGACAAAUGCUCCAUUCAUACUGAACGUGGACUGUGAUAUGUAUGCCAACAAUCCACAAAUCAUUCAUCAUGCCAUGUGUCUUCUACUGGGUUCUGCAAAUGAAAGAGAUUGCGGAUUUGUACAGUAUCCUCAAAUGUUCUAUGAUGGAAUAAAGGAUGAUCCAUUUGGAAAUCAAUUAGAAGUUUUGCAGGAAUCUUUUGGGCCUGGAAUAGGGGGAAUGCAAGGACCUGUCUACGGUGGAACGAACUGCUUCCAUAGACGAAAAAUUAUAUAUGGUCGAUCACCGAAUGAUGCAAAGAGUGAAAGAAAAACUUUUCCAUCAGUUAAAGGAGAGCUAGAUGUGGAUGAAUUACAUAAAAUAUUCGGAAACUCAAAGGAGCUUGUCAAAUCAGCAGCUAUUGCAUUAAGUAGUGAGACAGGCAACCCAAGCAAUCUGUCGAAUGCUCUCGAGGCAGCACACCAAGUUGCAAAUUGUGACUAUGAGUAUGGAACCGAUUGGGGUAGUAAGGUUGGUUGUCUCUAUGGAUCCACAGCAGAAGACAUCCUCACUGGACUAGUGAUUCACACCAGAGGCUGGAAAUCAGUGUAUUGCAAGCCAAACCCUCCGGCAUUCUUAGGCUGUGCACCAUCAGGUGGACCUAGUUCAAUGAUGCAAAUGAAGAGGUGGGCAACAGGUUUGCUUGAAGUUCUUCUACACAAAAAUUGUCCAAUUUUUGGCACCCUCUAUGGAAAGCUUCAGCUCAGGCAAUGCUUGGCCUACAUGUUGAUACUUGUGUGGGGAUUUCGCUCCAUUUUCGAGGUCUGCUAUGCAGCUCUGCCCGCAUAUUGCAUCAUCACAGACUCUAGUUUCCUGCCCAAGGUUCAGGAACGAGCCAUAAUCAUUCCUGUUGCCCUUUUUGUGAUUUACAACAUAUACACCCUAUCAGAAUACCUUCGAAUCGGCUUGUCGAUCCGUUCAUGGUGGAACAACCAGAGAAUGGCGAAAAUAAAUUCGACAAGUGCAUGGCUGCUUGGGUUUUUAAGUGUCAUUCUAAAGAUCAUUGGAUUAUCUGAGACAGUCUUUGAAAUUACACAGAAAGACCAAUCUUUUGAUGGUGAUGAUGCUAAUGCCGGACGAUUCACCUUCAAUGCAUCCCCAGCUUUUGUACCAGGGACAACCCUUGUGCUGCUGCAAUUGAUGGCAAUGGGUUUGGGUUUGUUUGGGGUGCAGCCACCAGAGCGUCAUGGUGAGCAGGGUUCAGGGACAGGAGAGUUUGUUUGUAGUUUGCUUGUGAUGGCCUACUUUUGGCCAUUUUUUAAGGGACUGUUUGGGAAAGGAAAAUAUGGGAUUCCCUCAUCAAUCUUAGUCAAGUCCUCUGCUUUGACAUUAUUGUUUGUGCUCUUCAGCAGAUGAACGUCAGUUGGUUCAAUAAUUGUACUUUGAAGUAUCAAAUUAGAUCACGAUCUCUUCUGAAUGGAGACAGGAGAGGAAGGGAAGAAUGGGCUGGUUGCAUUUGUUUUGGGCCUAUUGGGCUCGUAUGUAUGUGUUAUUGGUAUUUUGCUGGUGUGGAUUAAGGCUCAUUUGGCUUCCAUAGGCAAUUCAAGAAUGAAUGCUAAAGAAGGAAAUUCCCCCUCAUCAAA